CAUUCUAGAAGGGUCAGAAAAAUAGUUCGAUAAGUUACGCAUAAAUAUAGAUGUUAAAACUUAAAACUUAAAACCAGACUCUAAAUUCUCUAAUACCAAUGGCAAGUGGUGGUGGUGGCUCCAAUUCACUGCAGUACAGGCCGUACCGGCUCCUCCGAACUCUAGCGGCCCACGACCGAGCGGUGUCCUGCGUUAAGUUUUCCAGCGACGGCACCCUCCUGGCCUCCGCCUCUCUCGACAAAACCCUAAUUGUCUGGUCCUCGCAAACCCUAACCCUCAAGUCCCGCCUUGUUGGCCACUCCGGCGGCAUCUCCGACCUGGCAUGGUCCUCCGACUCCCACUACAUCUGCUCCGCCUCCGACGAUCUCACUCUCCGCAUCUGGGACGCCCAGUCCGCUGAAUGCGUGAAGACCCUCCGCGGCCACACCGACUUGGUCUUCUGUGUCAAUUUCAACCCCCAGUCCAACCUCAUUGUCUCCGGCUCCUUCGACGAGACCGUUAGGAUCUGGGAUGUUAAGACCGGCCGCCCCCUCCACACUAUUGCCGCCCAUUCCAUGCCUGUCACCUCCGUCUAUUUCAACCGUGACGGAUCUCUCAUUGUCUCCGGCAGUCACGACGGCUCCUGCAAGAUCUGGGCCUCCGACACCGGCGCUCUCUUGAAGACGCUCAUUGAGGACAAUGGUCCCGCCAUUUCCUUCGCCAAGUUCUCGCCCAACGGCAAGUACAUUCUCGUUGCCACUCUGGAUGACACUCUGAAGCUUUGGAACUACUCGACUGGGAAGUCCUUGAAAAUUUAUACAGGUCAUGUAAACAAAGUAUAUUGCAUAGCAUCUGCAUUUAGUGUGACUUAUGGGAAAUACAUUGUUAGUGGAUCAGAGGAUAAAUGUGUUUAUGUGUGGGACCUGCAAGGGAAGAAUCCACUUCAGAAACUAGAAGGUCACACAGAUACUGUCAUCUCUGUUUCAUGCCACCCCAAUGAGAACAAGAUUGCUUCCGCCGGUCUAGAUGGUGAUAAAACAGUGAGGAUCUGGGUUCAAGAUAUAUGAGCUUUAAGUACAGAUAGGAGGUGGUGCAUGCUGAGUUCUCUAAGCAGUUACAUUUCACUAUAUUCUCCACCAAAUUGAUGGGCCUUGUCAACUUUCAUUGAUCUGGAGUUAUAUCUCGGGCCUUUCUCUAGAAAUCUGGCUGGUAGGGAGUCUAGGGACAGAUUGAUUCUAGAUGAUAUUGAAAUGCAAGUCACACAACUCUAAACUCUUGAGAAUUCAAUAAUGAAAAAUGUAAGUUGGGUGAAUUAUACUUCAGUUGCCAACUCUUACCUCAAUUUCCCCCCCUUCUGGUUCUUGCAUUUUACAUUGUACAGGUUGAAAUUGUAUUGGAUAAGAUCCCUGAAUCUUGAAUACCGGCUUAUGCAGCAAUGACAUUGCAUCUAACUUAAAGAACUACAGAAAUUUGAAGGCAAUCUCUCCCAAGAUCAGUUUAAUAUUUUACUGUACAGCUGUCUGAACUCCUAUCCAAUGAAGAACCUAGAAGAUCUUGCUUCCAUAGCCUACAACUGCUGCAUAGUUACCUAGUAAAACAUCUGAAUUCCAAUUUCCACCAACUGCCUGGAAAAUGCAUGUACUCAUUACCUGGUGAUCACAGCUUUUUAUCUGUUUCUGAAUUUUAUAGUUGCUUCUGAAAGAAUUUUUUACUAUAAAAUUGUAAGACUUGGUUAGGCCAUUUCGAGGAAACCAUAAUUUGCAUC